CCCAAAGCUCCUCUCCCAGUACACCCCCCAACUCCACUUCCACUGAGACCCCCAGCUCCUCUCCCAGUGCAAUGCCCAGCUCCGCUGCCACCUCAACCACCAGUUUCUCUCUCACUGAGACCUCCAGCUCCCCUGCUGCCUUGACCCCCAGCUCCGAUGCCAUCACAACUGACAACUCCACUCCCACCUCAACCCCCAGCUCCUCUCCCACCAUGACCAACAACUCCACUCUCACCUCAACCUCCAGUUCCACCCCCACCAUGACCGACAAUUCCACUCUCAUAUCAAUGUCCAGCUCCACCGCAACCGGUGCCACAACAACUAGCUCCACAUCCACCACGACCCCCAACUCCGCUGCAAUCAUCAACCCCAGUUCCAUCUCCACCAUAACCGACAACUCCACUCCCACCUCAACCCUCAGCUCCGCUCCCACCAUGACCAACUUCACCCCCACCUCAACCCAGAGCUUCACCCUCACUAUGACUGACAACUCCACUCCCACCUCAACCCCCAGCUCCACUACCACCACGACCGACAACUCCACUCCCACCUCAACCCCCAGUUCCACCCCCACCACGACUGACAAUUCCACUCUCACAUCAAUGCCCAGCUCCACCCCAACCACAACCAACAACUCCACCCCAACCGGUGCCACAACCCCCAGCUCCACUACCACCACGACCGACAACUCCACUUCCACCUCCACCCCCAUCUCCACCCCCACCACAACCGACAACUCCACUCCCACCUCAACCACCAGCUUCACGACCCCCAACUCCACUGCAAUCAUGAACCCCAGCUCACCUGACACUUCAACCCUCAGUUCCGCUUCCACCUCGACCCCCAGCUCCCCUGACACCUUGACCUACAGCUCCACUGCCACUGGGAGCCUCAGCUCCACAGGCUCCUCAACCCCCAGUUCUGCUGCCACCUCAACCCCCAGCUCUACAGGCCCCUCACCUCCCAAUUCUGCUGCCACCUCGACCCCUAGCUCUGCUGCCACCUCGACCCCCAGCUCCACAGGCAGCUCAACCCUGAAUUCUGCUGCCACCUCGACCCCCAGCUCCACAGGCAGCUCGACCCCAAAUUCUGCUGCCACCUCGAUCCCCAGCUCCAUAGACACCUCAACCCCCAGCUCCGUUUCCAGAGCUACCAGCUCUGCUACAAUCUCUCCACAAUCUACAGUCACUACAUCCAAGAAUACUGGGCAUCCUGCUUCUUCUGGGUCUCCUGCAGUCACACCCACCCCCUCUGUCGUCAGCUCUGCAAGUUCACCUAGCUCCAGCACUUCUGGCAUCCCAGCCUCAUCUGCUCCCACCUUGGGUUCCAUCCCAACUAGCGGAGAUAUGACUUCUUCUGGCCCACCGGCUACUGGACCAACCACCUCGCUCAGUCAAUAUGAAUCCACAACACCUUCAGGGUCUGGCGCUACCACCUCAUCGCUUACGACUGUUUUUGUCACCUCACAGACCACAGCCUCUCCGGAUAGCAGCGCCCUCCCCUACUGGGCCAUCAUCCUCAUCUGCCUGGCCGCGCUGAGCCUACUGAGCUUCUGCUCUCUGUUGGUGUUUUUCCUAAAGUCGAGGCUGGCUGGUGCCAACUCCUACUCCGUUCAGAAGACUCAUCAGUUUCUCCAGAAUCAGAGCUGACGCGAUCACAGUUGAAGGAAGAAUGGGGUCAUCCACAACCCUUGACUACAGCCACCCAUAAGGGGGCUGCUCUGAUCCGGCAUGCCUGGGCUAACCCAGAGCCUCUAUAGUCAGUACUGAGCCGAGAAAGCCAGUAUUAAUCCUUAGCUGCCAGAUGAACAUACGCUGCCCUCUGGGGGGUAGCGGUGGGAUGGAGCUUCGGUCCCCUUCUGGGAGCAGGGAACACAGAUCAGUGGAAUCGGCACCGAGAAACACAAGCAUCCUAUGUUCUGUUACACUCAUUAGGUGGCACCCAGAAGAAAGGAACAAAUCAAAGGGAGAUGGAUGGCUAUCGAAUGGACUGGAUAGUGGUGGAGUUGUCCAGUGGUUAGAACACAGGACUCCUGGCUUCUGUUACCAGUUGUGGGAGUGAAGUGGGGUCUAGCAGGUUGAGCAAGGGGAGCUGGGAGCCAGGACACCUGGGUUUUAUUCCUCUGACUGCACAGCAUCCAUUGAACAAAUACUUUGUUUGCUGGUCUGCACUGCUGUAUUUCUGUGACCUCUACAUAGCAGGGCCUGUCUCUUUCUCUCUGUGUCUGGGC